UUCAGAACUUCCACGCCCGUCUAGCACUCAAACGGAAAACUUCAGAGUUCGUAAGCGGAUAAUAUUUUGGGGGCUAUCUCGGUUGCUGAGUGACUAAUAUUGAAUUAAUAUGUGGUUGUGGUUAGCGUUCCUGCUUGUUUUGUUCGGAGCUCUAAGGUAUCGAUGCCCUUAUUUGUACAAAGAUGUGCAAUAUGUCAUUCAUAUUUUGUUAACUGGUCAUCGAUUGUCGAAGUACAAAGAAUCUAAACCCUACUAUUCGGUUCUGGACCGUUUUUUGGAAUCAGUUCAAAAGCGCCCGCAUAAGGCAUUUAUUCGUUUCAGAGAUGAAACAUACUCAUACCAGGAUGCGGAUAAACUGAGCAAUAAGAUUGCAAGAGCUUUGCUUAAGCACUCAAAUCUUAAAGAAGGAGACACGGCUGCUCUCUUCAUGGGAAAUGAGCCAAAUUACAUGUGCAUCUGGUUGGGCCUUGCUAAAAUCGGCUGUUCCGCGGCUCUGUUAAACUACAACAUGAGAGCUAAAUCGUUACUUCACUGCUUCUCAUGCUGCGGGGCGAACGUCUUAAUAGUUGCGGCAGAACUGAAGAAUGCUGUUGAAGAGGUGCUACCAGUCCUCAGAGAUCAGGGCGUCUCUGUCUUCAUUCUCACUGAUGAAAGCAGCACAGAGGGGAUGGAGAGUUUCAGUGACAAGAUCAGACAGGCCUCUGAUGAACACAUACCUGCCGACCUUAGGUCAAAUAUAACUUUCAGUAGCCCUGCAGUAUACAUUUACACAUCAGGCACAACAGGUCUACCAAAGGCUGCUGUAAUUAGUCACCACAGAUUGUGGGCCAUAUCUUCCCUUCAGUCCGUGGCAGGAGUGACAUCUGAUGAUGUUGUUUAUGUAAAUCUACCUCUGUACCACACAGCUGGAUUUGGCAUUGGAUUCACUGGUGCUAUUGAGAGAGGAGCUACAGUGGUGUUAAGGAGUAAAUUUUCUGCCUCUCAGUUUUGGGAUGACUGUAGGAAAUACAAUGUUACUGUCAUGCAGUAUAUUGGAGAAACCAUGCGUUACCUCUGCAACACCCCAAAGCAUAUUAGUGACCCAGUGCACAAUGUGAGAAUAGCUAUUGGCAACGGGAUCAGAGCGGACGUGUGGAGAGAAUUCAUCAAACGAUUUGGCUUUAUUGACAUUAGAGAAAUCUACGCUGCUACUGAAGGCAAUAUCAGCUUCAUAAACUACACAGGGAAGAUUGGAGCUGUCGGACGAGUGAACUUUUUCCACAGGAGGCUCUUCCCUUACGCUCUGAUCAAAUUUGAUCCUGAGAAGGAGGAACCAGUGAGGAACUCUGAAGGGUUCUGUGUGGAGGCAGACAGAGGUGAAACUGGGCUGCUGGUGUCUCGCAUUACCCAGAGGAAUCCAUUCAUUGGGUACGCCAGGGAUCUCAAACAGACUGAGAAGAAAAGAUUACACGAUGUGUUCGAGAAAGGAGACGCGUACUUUAACACCGGAGAUCUGCUUAGGGUAGACGAGGACAAUUUGAUCUAUUUCCAGGAUCGAAUUGGAGAUACCUUCAGGUGGAAAGGAGAGAAUGUGGCCACAAAUGAAGUGUCAGAUAUUCUCUCCAUGGUGCCUUGUAUUCAGGAAGCCAAUGUCUACGGUGUAAAAGUGCCAGGACAGGAAGGGAGGGUGGGAAUGGCAGCUAUCACUCUGAGAGAAGGAGAGCAGUUUGACUGUAUUGGCACGUUCAGCCACGUGAACCAGUACCUGCCCGUGUACGCCAGACCACGCUUUAUAAGAAUUCAGAAUUCUUUGGCUCUUACUGGCACUUUCAAACAGAUGAAAGUAAAAUUGGUUGAAGAAGGCUUCAACCCUGCAACAAUACAAGAUCCUCUGUAUCUGCUGGAUGAGAAAGAGAAAUGCUACCAGCUGCUGACACAGCAAGCCUAUGACUCCAUACUGCAAGGAAACAUUAAGCUGUAAACAUUGGACAUGUGCCAACCACACACACACACACACACACACACACACACGACAGGUGGAAUUACUAUUUACAUUUAUUGGAGUUUGGUGUGUUAUAUGUCUGUACUAUAUUUUCAGUGUUCAUGCAGUGAUCUACAACAAAACCUCUGUCAUAUUUAGACAUAAAUAUGUGAUUUUUACAGUUCUUUUACAGUUUUCUAUUAGGGAUGUGGUGUUAUAGUUGUUGCGGUGUUGCAGUGUUCAUGCAGUAGAUAUUUUUCACUUUAAGUUUGCCUAGACAGAAGAGAGUACUUUGAAUCCGUUGAUUUGUCCCAAAACUAAGCUCUUUUAUUUUGUAUCCCCUCAUGGAUGAUGUUCUUGGGUGAAGGAGGGAAAAAUACGUUUUUUGCUUCACCCUCCUGUUCGGUACCUCAUACUUAUGAAAUGUUCAACAUUCAUUUGAAAAUAAUGGGUCUUGCAUUCAUGCUUUUGUGACCAUGUGAAUUUUGGAUGAAUUAUACA